GAUCCGAUGGCGGCGGCCGCGCCCAGGGCCCCGGCGCAGGUCAGUGUGACCUUUGAGGACGUGGCCGUGUACUUCUCCUGGGAUGAGUGGCGCCUCCUCAGUCAGGCCCAGAAGGACCUGUACCAUGAUGUGAUGCUGGAGAACUCUGCACUUUUAUCCUCCUUGGGUUGCUGCUGUGGAGAAGAAAACGUGGAGACACCCCAUGAAGAAAAUGUGUCUGUAGGAAUGUCACAGUCCAGGAUUUCUAAGCCUGCGUCCCCUGUCCGGAAGACCCACUCUGUUGAGGUGUUUGCUCUGAACUUGAGAGAUAUUUUCCAUAAGAGUGAGUCCCUGGAAAUACAGAACAACCAGAAAUUGUUCGGGUGUACGGUAUGUACAAAGCGAUUUUGUUUUGGUACAGACCUCCGGAAGCAUCAAAGCCAUGCCACAGGAGACACAGUCUUCAGUAGAAAUGUGGAUAUAGCCUCAUUUGUGAAGACCUGCAACUUUCGUUUGGCAGGGUCAACCUUCACCUGUGGGGAUGCUGGGAAGGACGUCCUGGUGACCUCAGGACAUCAACAACAGACCACUCAUUCAAGGGAACUUAAAAAAAUGACACACUGUGGGCCCACCUUACAGAGCAGAAAAAAUCACCUAACCAGAGUAGAAUGCAAGAAAAUCUUCAGCUCCAAAUUCACUGUUGUGCAGGACCAAGGCUUCCACAGUAGAAGAAAAUGUUUCGUGUGCAGUCAGUGUGGGAAAACGUUCAGGUACAAAUCCUCAUUCAUCAUGCACCAGAGAAUCCACACUGGAGAAAGACCUUAUGAAUGCAGUAAAUGUGGCAAGUCUUUCAAGCAAAGAAUUCACCUCAUUAGGCAUUGGAGAGUUCACAGAGGGAAAGGUUCUUAUGAUUGCAUUGAAUGUGGGAAAUCCUUUAGGAAAAGCUCAGCCCUCAAUGCGCAUCAAAGAAUUCAUACUGGGGUGAGACAGUACACGUGUAUGAAAUGUGGGAAAUUCUUUAGCCGAAAAUGUAUACUCAUUUAUCGCCAGAAAAGUCAUCCUGGAGAAAACUGUUAUGUGUGCAGUGAAUGUGAAAAAACCUUCAGCCACAGCUCCAUGCUCAUUCCACGCCGGAAAGUCCACACUGGAGACAAGUCUUAUAAAUGUAAUGAAUGUGGGAAAUCUUUCACUUCUAGCUAUACCCUCCGAUACCAUCAGAGAGCUAAUUCUGGAGAAAGGCCUUAUGUGUGCAAUGAAUGUGGGAAAUCUUUUCCCUGUAGUUCUACUUUCCUUGAUCAUAAAAAGGUUCAUAGAAUAGGAAGGCCUUAUAAGUGCAGUGAAUGUGGGAAAUCUUUUACCCACAGCUCAAGACUCAUUCAACACCAGCGAGUUCACACAGGAGAAAAACCUUAUUUGUGUGGUGAAUGUGGGAAAUCUUUUAGCCAGAGCUCUGCACUUCUUCAACAUCAGAUAAUUCACACAGAAGAAAGGCCUUACGUGUGCAGUGAAUGUGGGAAAUUAUUUACACAAAAAUCUUACCUUAUUGUACACUUUAGACGACACACAGGAGAACGGCCUUACAGUUGCAGCGAAUGUGGGAAAUCUUUUAUCAGUAGCUCUAGCCUCCGUUAUCAUCAGAUACUUCACACAGGAGAAAGGCCUUAUGUAUGCAGUGAAUGUGGGAAGUCUUUCACUCACAAGGCAGGACUCCAAAGACACCAGCGACUUCACACCAGAGAAACAUCUCAUGACUGCAUGGACUAUGGGAAAUCCUUGAGGGAUAGUUCCCGAUUGAAUAAAAACCAAAGAGCUCAUGGUGAAGAAAGGCCUUAUGAGUGUAAGGAGUGUGGCAAAUCUUUUACCAGUACCUCCCGACUCCUGUGUCAUCAUAGAGUUCACACAGGGGAAAGGCCUUAUGAGUGCAGUGAAUGUGGAAAAUGUUUCGCAUAUUAUUCUGUCCUCCGUAAUCAUCAGAGUGUUCACACAAGAGAAAGACCUUACGAGUGCAGUGAAUGUGGGAAAUCUUUUAGUCGUAACUCCACAUUAAUUCGCCAUAGAAGAAUUCACACCGGAGAACGACCUUUUGAUUGCAGUGAAUGUGGGAAAACCUUUAAAGAAAGGAUUCACCUCAUUGUACACCAGAGAGUUCACACAGGAGAAAGGCCUUAUGCGUGCAGUGAGUGUGGGAAAUCUUUUGCCUGUCGCUCUAGCCUCCGUAGUCACAAGAGCGUUCACACAGGAGAAAGGCCUUAUGAAUGUAGUGAUUGUGGGAAAUUUUUUACCCGUAUCUCAUCAUUGAAUAAACAUAAGAGAAUUCACACAAGAGAAAGACCUCAUGAGUGCUGUGAAUGUGGGAAAUUCUUUAAAGAAAAAAUUCAUCUCAAGCUACACCAGAGGGUUCACAAAGGAGAAAGAUCUUAGCGGUGUCGUGAAUGUGGGAGAACUUAAAAUGUACACAUCCAG